AUGCCGCCGCCCCGCGCCGCGCCGCCGAACGGCUUCCUCCCGCAGGAUCUCUCUCACUCGCGGCAGACGUCAAACCUCUCCCGCCUCGACGAGACGCGCUCAUCCCACGUCAGCGUUCCCGCGACGGCGGCGGCGCGCGAGAAGACGCUCUCGACGACGAUGACGACCGUCGUCGCCGACGACAACGCUCGCAACGCGUCGCUGCUGCGCCGCGACCGCAAGGUGGCGCCGCACGCGCGUGCGGAGUCGGCGCGCGCGCCGCGGCACGACCUGCGCUUCGUCAACCUCGCGGUGCUAUUCCUGGGAGCGACGGUGAUGACGAUACUCGCCUUGCAGCUGCUCUAUCACAUCGAGGGCGCGAUGCACGCGCCCCGCACCGCCUCGCAGCUACCGCAGCGCCACCACGACGCGCUGCGGAAGGUGGCGGCGGUGUUCGCGUGCGUCGCCGUCGUGCUCGACCUGUGUGCGGUGCUGGUGAGCGCCAUGCAGCUGCUGUGUGCUGUUAGACUGCUGCUCACGCGACCCUGCCCCGAGCUGAGGGUGACAAGCUACCUGAGUCAGUGCUUCGUCGUACGAGUUAGCGUCGUCAUAGGAUUCUUCAUCUCUCUGCUGCUGCUACUCGUCGUGCUAGCUCUCUAUUACUACAUGAGAUUUGACCUUGAGGCAGCCUACAUCUCCACCGCCUUCAUCGCCGCUGCCACCAUCUUCUUCAUCAUCGCCGCCUCCCACAACGCAUGGGCGUGGCACAAACAAGCGAGCAUGCCCUACCAGGAGCCACGCGGCGCGCACGACAACGCCGGCUUCGUGAGAGACUUUGACGUCACCUGCUGCUCCAGUGAACCACCGCUCAUCGGUGUCAAACUAGAGGACAUACACGAACUGUCAACCCUCGUGUGACGAGGGGACACUGCAAACGGUCAACCCUCGUUAAAUAGUGAGAAGACAUGCACGAUUGUCAACCCUCGUGUGCUACCGAGGGGACAGCCGCAACUUGUCAACCCUCGUUAGAUGGAGCAAAGACAUACACGAACUGCCAAACCUUGUGUGACAACGCGGGGGCACUACAAACGGCCAACCCUCGUUAAAUAUUGAGAAGACAUGCACGAUUGUCAACCCUUGUGUGACAACGAGGGGACAACUGCAAAUUGUCAACCCUCGUGACACAGUGAAGUGCCGUCUACUGCCCAACAAUCAACUGUCGUGUGAUAGCAAGGUGACAGCUACAAACUGUCAACUCUUGUGCGACAGUAAGGGAGGAAGUAAAUAUAUGAACUGUCGACCCUCGUGUGACAGUGAAAGGACGGCUGUAAACUGUCAACCGUCGGUUGGUAGUGAGAGAGGACAUACACGAACUGUCAACCCUCGAGUCACAGCGAGUCUACUUUCCAACUAUCAACUCUUGUGUGACAGUGAAGGAAGAAUCACAAACUGUCAACCCUCGCGUGGUAGUGAGGGUACAUUCACAAACUGUCACCAUUCAUCUGAUAAAGGGACAUUUGCGACCUGUCAACCUCUGUGGGAUGCAGCUGAAACACUCGGUGACAGAGUGGAGAUCUUCACAAUCUGUCAACGCUCUUGUGUGACAAACGCGUGGACAGCAUGUGGCAUUUGGGGCAGGCAAUUUUACCUCCGACCUCACACUCAUACUGUCCAUUCAUUAUACACUCACAACUCACGCUUGCAUUCCACAUAAAAUAUUAUUGUACACUCAUUAUACAUUCACAACUCACGUCUGUAUUGUAUCAGGAGCUAAUAAUGACAAAUUGUUAGGGUUAGGGUCAUUAUUAGUUUUUAUAUUUAGUCAAAAAUUUGUCAUUAUUAGCUCCUGAUUGUAUGUACGUACUGUAAAUUCAAAACUCAGGCUCGUACUGGAUGUAUUGUACAUUCACUGUACAUUCUACAACUCACGUCUGAAUUCUAUGUAAUUUACAUUCAUUGUACAUUAACAACUCGUGUUUGUAUCACAUGCAUUGUACAUUUCAUUAUACAUUCACAUCUCAUGUCUCAUGUCUGUACUGUAACUCUGUAAGUUCAAGACUCACGCUCGUGCUGGAUGUAUUGUCUAUUCAUUGUACAUUACAGCUCAUCGUUGUUAUGCAUUUAUUGUACAUUCUCUGUACAUUCACAGCUCAUACUCGUAUGGCACGCAUUGUACAUUCCUUAUGCAUUUAUAACUCCCGCUCGUAUUGUAUGUAUUGUACAGUUAAAUGUAUAUUCACAACUCACGCAUGUGUUGCAUGUAUUGUGCAUUCCUGGUUGUCCACGUGGGUUGCCUGCGGUUGCCGGUUCACUUCACAGGGGUCAACAGAAUAGCAGUGCCACGGGGCAACCAGUGUCCUCACACACACUCUCAAACUCUCUAAUGCCAUGUCUUCAGUGUCGUGUGAAAAGCAACGCAGUGUGUGAUUGUGCGAGCUCGCUUAGGGGAAGGGGGGGGGGGCAAUAGCCUGAGGUCUACGUAUAUUGGCUGUAUGGUGGGGUCUCACCUAGCCGUGUGCAGCUUCUAAGAGAAAUGAGCGUGCGUGCGUCUACGAGCCAGUGUGUGCGUCUGUGUGUGUGUGUGUGCGUGCGCGUGCGUGUGCAUACGUGCGUGAACAUGUAUUAAUUAAAAAUCCAGGGAUGCUUCAAUGAGCGCUUAACUCGAAACCGUGCAAUAUAGCAUUCCCUGCAAACUAACCUGUUUCCUUGAACGGGAACCUGAUUCCCGAGACCAAGUACCUUGACCACGUACUUUCUGAUAGUAUCCAAUCAUCGUGAACUACCCCAACAAGCAACAAUCACAAAACAUCAUACUACUAAUCACUGUAUUAUAUUUUCUCACUUCCCUUCCUCCUUUUGAGGGACACAGGCUAAUGUUAGUAGGUUUGUCAAAGACUGACACACAGCCUAUAUCCCACAGCUCUGAUAAUAGUAAUUACUGAGUAUAGUACCAUUUUUAAAGUAUUACCGAGUACAGUACUGAUUGGCAUACAGUUAAACCUGUGUUAGUGGUUCCCUGUAUAGAACAGGCACCUGUGUAUAAAGGUCACUUUUGGCGUUUCCAUUAAGAGUCAGUCAUACUGUUAAACUAUCUGUAUAGAACAGGCACCUUUGUGCAAAGGUCACUUUUGGCUUUACCCUUGAGUGGCAAUCAUAUAGUAUAGAAUAAACAUCUGUUUAUCAAGGAUACUUUUACUUUCACUGAGUGGCAGUUAUAUAAUGAAAUCACCUCUAUAUAGCAGAUACCUGACUAUAAAGGACACGUUGAGUAUUUUCUUUCAGCGCCCCUUAUAUACAGGUUUGACUGUACGUAGGAACCCGGAAAAAACACUACGGCCACAUUAAGAUUGGCGCUGUGAGAAAGGUUGGUCACAGACCUAAUGGCAGCACUAAAAACCUGUAAAUACGUUGCAUCAUGUUAACAGUCUAAUUAUCAUUCCUGAUGAUGUAAGUAAAAAACACCUUAUAAAUAAAACAAUCACGUGCCUUCACGUCUCGAUGUUGCUCAUAUUGUUUCGGCGACACCGAAAAAAAAUUUAAAAAAUGCAUACUCAAGACCGUA